CGACGCGGAGGAUAAAACGCCGAAGGCCCAGCGAGCUCGCAAAGCAGGCAACUACUUCGUUUUUGAUGGUAUCUCUCAUGGCACGUCGUGAGGGAGUUUCACUACUUGUGGUUUUCCUGGCUGCCGCUGUGUUCGUGAGCUGCGAUGCAACGAUCUGUGUGCUGUGCACGUGCAGCGGCACCGGCGGAGCGACCAAGUCCGUCUCCUGCACUCACAUGAGCAUGGAUAUGUAUAGGGUACCGGGCGAUGUGCCCUCCACCACCGAGCUACUGUGAGUAGUAAAUACAUUUGGUAGCGCAGGAGGCCACUAUGAAUAAAGAAGACUGUAAGUGUUGGAGUUGGCGUCAUUUCGAAGCCCGUUGCGAGUUGAUGAUGCGACGGCUGUAGCCUAGCCCCAGCCGCGCGUCAUGAAUGCGUAGCUCCCGGAGCUCCCUAAUAAUGAAAUGCUAAGUGCUGGUUGUUUGUGCCAUUAGCCACUGGAUACACAUUUGGCUUGCAACCAUCAAUUCCUAGAAGUGAUAUUCAUACUGAUAAUUAUUCGCUCUCUUCUGCACAGAGAUCUGAGUGGUCAUAGCAUCAAAAGUAUUGAAAGAAACGAUUUCUCCAACCUUCCAUCUCUGGUCAACCUGUCACUGGCUGGGAAUGAGAUCAACUCCGUGGGUCUGUAUACAUUCUCUGACCUCCUCAACCUCCGCACACUGGAUAUCCAUGGCAACCACAUUACUUCAGUUGCUAGAGGAGCAUUCUCAGGCCUGGCCAAGUUGGAAAAACUUGAUCUCCGUGGUAAUGACAUCACGCGAGUCUCCAGGGAAACGUUUGCAGGUCUCCCAGCCCUUACUACUCUCAACCUCGCUAACAACCCUCUGUAUUGUGACUGUGGAGUUGGUUGGAUGGUGUCGGCCUCGUCUUUCCCUCCUCUGCACUCCUCAUCUUCCUCUCCCCCCACUUGCGCCAGACCCUCCCAGCUCGCUGGUCGCCGUGUCGACAGUUUGUCUCUGGAUGAGAUAGGCUGUGUUGUACCUCAAGUGACAGCAGUUGCGACCACCAUCGCUGUGUUCAAAGGAGAGAGGGUUGUUCUGUCGUGUUCUGUUACUGGAGCUUCUGAGUCUGACAUCGUGUGGUACUACAAUGGACAGAUGGUAACCGAUGGAGACCAGUUGCUAGGCAAUGGGUCCCUGUUGAUCAGUCAGAUGACAGCAGAGGGUGCGGGACAGUACACAUGUGUCUCCUCCAACAUGGCAGGCAGUGGGAAUGCCACCAUUUCUGUCACCUACCUCGGAACAGUGAGGCCGAGGGUUAGCAUUCCUCCCAGCCACGUACAUGCCUUCACGGGAGAGAAUGUGGUGCUGCGGUGUGUUGGUGACCAGCGAACCGUCUCCUACCACUGGUACAAGGAUGGCCAGCCGCUGGAAACCUCUGACCGUGUUGCCGUGGUAACAGGGGUUGGUCUGAACAUUUCCCACGUCACCAUGGACGACUCGGGGGUCUACAGCUGUGUUGUCAUGGGAAUAGAAGGCUCCUCCGAGGCGUCAGCACAGCUGAGUGUGACUGGAGCUCUCAUCUCAUGUGAAGGAGUUAUAGAUGCCACUGCAGUUGGUAACAUCCGCUCAAUGGUCAUGUUUGCCUUCAACCACUCCUCUAUAAACAACGUAUCCAGUCCUCACCAGUUGCUACGGCGACUCAAACUUCCCGACGAUGCUAGCAUCGAGCUCCUGCUUGCCGCGGACGUCUUCCAACAGGCACUGGACGCUGCACGGAGCAGUCACCAAGGAGAGAGUGAGGGCGGGGUACCAGCACUAUCAGACUGUGAAAUCACACUGUUGGCUGAGCUGUCUGGUUGUCUUGAGCACAGCCCCACCCCCCACUGCUCUGACGUCUGUCACCAUAGUCGCUACCGCUCAGUGGACGGGUCGUGUAACAACUGGGCCCAGCCGGCAUGGGGUACAGCUGACACUCCGUUCCACAGACUACUGGCUCCGGUGUAUGAGGACGGACUGGGCCUGCCUGUGGGGUGGUCUGGGGGAAUGCCUAGUGCCAGGACCAUCAGCCAGAGGGUCAUUAGGUCACACAACGUGGAGCCUGAUACCGACGUCACACACAUGCUCAUGCAGUUUGGGCAGUUCCUGGACCAUGAUCUGGACCUGGCUCCUGGCACACCUGCAGACUCCUCCUUCACGUCUGGUGCCAUGUGUGACACCGAAUGCUCCAACAGCGCCCCCUGUUUCCCUAUCGUCAUAGAGACCGGUGACCCACGGAUUUCUGCCCAGUGCAUGCCAUUCACCAGGUCGGGGGGGGUGUGUGGCUCCGGGGGGUCAUCUCUCCUUGUCGGCUCUGCCGCCUUCUAUCGCGAGCAGCUCAAUGGGAUCACCUCAUUCAUUGAUGGUUCUCAGAUCUACGGCAGUUCAGAGGAACAUGCGGAGAGACUGAGAGAUCCUGCCAGACAAGGAUGGCUCCUGGAGGGUGUGGCCACAUCGUCAGGGAAACCAUUCCUGCCUUUUGACACCUUCUCUCUCAUUGAAUGCAGUACCGGCAUCCAUUCUGGACGCAGUCAGUGCUUCCUAGCUGGUGAUGUGAGAGCCAAUGAACAGGUUGGCCUGACAGCGAUGCACACAUUAUUCUUCAGGGAACACAACAGAGUGGCCUCCUACCUUAGUCACCUCAACCCUCACUGGAACCAAGAGACCAUCUUCCAGGAGUCUCGCAGGGUGGUCAUUGCUGAGUGGCAGAACAUUGCUUAUUCCGAAUACCUUCCAACAAUUCUUGGGCCCUCCGGACUUGGAGAUUACCAUGGUUAUGACCCCAAUGUGAACCCAACAAUAGCGAAUGCGUUUGCGACGGCGGCGUACAGGUUUGGGCACGGCCAGAUCCUGCCGUUCUUCAAUCGACUGAACACCAGCUACCAGCCAGAACCAUAUGGCCCACUGCAACUGAGGCAUGCUUUCUUUGCUCCACACCGACUACUGGAGGAGGGAGGGAUUGACCCUCUGCUGCGGGGCUUCUUGGCCACUCCGGGGAAGAAGAGAGCUCCUCAUUCUGGUCUCAACUCAAACCUGACGGAGGCUCUCUUUGAACAGGCACAUAACAUUAGUCUUGAUCUGGCAGCUCUCAACAUACAGAGAGGCAGGGACCACGGCCUUCCCUCGUACGUCCAGUGGAGACAGUUCUGCAACCUACAGACUGAUGAUCCACUAGCUGACAUUAGGAAUGCAACGGUGAGAAGGCAGCUGUUGGAAGUGUAUGGAGAAGAGGUAGACAAAAUAGAUCUCUGGGUUGGGGGUCUGCUGGAGUCCGUCGAGACGGGGGCUCAACUUGGACCAACCUUCUCCUGCAUCAUCUCCAACCAGUUCCAGAGACUCAGAGCUGGAGACAGGUUCUGGUACGAGAGAGGAGGCCAGUUCACUCCGGACCAACUUGUAACCCUCAAGAGAGCAUCUCUCGCAAGGAUCAUCUGUGACAAUGCUGACAACAUAACUCAGGUCCCAAGGCAGGCCUUUUCCCUGCAGCCAGUGGCUCAGUUUUCAGCCUGCAGUGACCUCCCUGUGGUCGACCUCAACCUCUGGACUGAAUGUGACGAUCCUGGCCCCAGAGUCGAGAGGAGGUCGAUUAUCAUGUCGUCAAUGGAGGAGGAAGUGAGAGAACUCAGAGCUGCAGUCGCGAGUCUCCAGAACUCUGUCUUGACAUGUGUGAUGAAUGGAGAGAGGUAUGUUAACAUGGAGGAAUGGGACAUGGGGCCGUGCACCCACUGCUCCUGUCAGAAUGGUGCAGUGGCAUGCAGUGAGAGGUCCUGCUGAUCAUCCACAUGGAGGGACUUUCAUCAUAUAUACUUGUGCUGUUCUCUAUCAUUCUCAUAUUAUUUUUACACUAUGCAAACCAGAGACCAGUAGCAUAGAACUGACGUGCUUGCUUUAGAGCGAGGUGAUAUCAAAGCUGCACUAAGCCUACUAUUGUUUUAGGAAGAGAAUGAG